CUGUUGGCGCGGUCGCCGGCAGCCUCGAGCGAGUCGCGCUAGGAGCCGUGGCGCCUGUGACUGGCGGGGAGCGCGUGUCCCGAUCAAUUCCCUAGUGGCCCGCGACCAUGUCCCUGGGGCAGCGGCUGGCGCUGCUGGCUGUCCGGCUGCAGGAGCCGCAGCGGGUGGCGAGCUUCCAGCGACUGUGUGGGGUGGAGGCGCCGCUCGGCAGCCCCGCGGAGGGCGAGGAUGGGGAGAGCGAGGUUCGCGGGGCCGCGGGGAACCCUCGGCGACGGGGACAGCAGCCGGGCGCGGAGCGUAGCCCCGGCCCCGCCAAGCCCGACUGCCGUGGCGCCCCCAACGGCGUACGCAACGGGCUGCCUGCCGAGCCGGGCCCAGUCGGGCCCCGCCGCGCGGGCUCGCUGCGCCGCAACUCGCUGACGGGUGAGGAGGGCGAGCUGACGAGGGUGAGCAACUGGCCGCUCUACUACCUCUUCUGCUUCGGCACCGAGCUGGGCAACGAGCUCUUCUACAUCUUCUUCUUCCCCUUCUGGAUCUGGAACCUCGAUCCCUUUGUGGGCCGGAGGCUGGUGAUCAUCUGGGUGCUGGUCAUGUACCUGGGCCAGUGCACCAAGGACAUCAUCCGCUGGCCGCGGCCGGCCUCGCCGCCCGUCGUCAAGCUGGAGAUCUUCUACAACUCAGAGUACAGCAUGCCCUCCACGCAUGCCAUGUCCGGCACCGCCAUCCCCAUCGCCAUGGUCCUGCUCACCUACGGCCGCUGGCAGUACCCUCUUCUGUACGGGCUGAUUCUCAUUCCCUGCUGGAGUUCUCUGGUUUGCCUGAGUAGAGUCUACAUGGGAAUGCACUCCAUCCUGGAUGUCAUUGCUGGGUUCCUCUAUACCAUUUUAAUCCUGGUUGUCUUCUACCCGCUUGUGGACCUGAUUGACAACUUCAACCAAACUUACAAAUAUGCCCCGCUCAUCAUCAUCGGGCUUCACUUAGCUCUGGGCAUCUUUUCCUUCACUCUUGACACCUGGAGCACAUCCCGAGGAGACACGGCUGAGAUUCUGGGCAGUGGUGCUGGAAUUGCGUGUGGCUCUCAUGCUGCGUAUAACCUGGGUCUGUUAUUAGACCCUUCUCCACACAAAUUACCCUUAGCCAGCCCCCCUUUCACCGCCACUCUGCUUGGAAAAGCCAUAUUACGGGUCGCCAUAGGAAUGAUCUUUGUCAUGAUGGUAAGGGACAUAAUGAAGAAGAUCACCAUUCCUUUAGCCUGUAAACUCUUCAGUAUUCCGUGUGACGAUGUCCGCCAAGCGAGGCAGCACAUGGAAGUGGAGCUACCGUAUCGGUAUAUCACCUAUGGAAUGGUUGGGUUCUCCAUCACGUAUUUGGUUCCUUGCGUAUUUUCCUUCAUUGGUAUCUCGUGAUGGAGAAGUGUUGUUUAUUAUAAGAAAGGAGGCUACCAGUUAUAUCUAAAACUAUGCUCCAGGUAAAACUCGGGUCAGAGGCAUUUGCAAGAAUUUAACUUAAACAAGUAAAUUCUGCAGCCGGUGCAUUUUACCUUUGCACAUCCAGACGUUUUGGGUGGCCUGAGCUCUUUCAGCACUGAGAAGUGAUACGGCCAUUUAGAAUGUUCACAAAAUGUUUGGAGAGUUCUGUGCUGUUACAAAUUGUAGUUAUAUAUAAUAUAUAUUAAGGUAUGCAGUGUGCAAAUGUGUAUCUAGUAUGUAUUAUAUAUAUAAUUAUUUACCUAAGAACUGUGGGGUGUGUUGAAAAAUCAAUAACAGUAUGCAGUUGUGCCUGCAUUUUGGGGAUUAAUGCAGGCAGGUUGUUAUUAACAAAUGGGUUUACCGUUGAUUUCCUAUGGGAGCCAUUUCCUAGUUGAAUUGAUAACUACCAGACAGAAUCCACAUGCUACCACAUCCUGAUUUACCGCCUCUUUUACACUGCCAUCCCCUUCCAUGUUAUCCAUGAUGUUGAACAUGGGAGGCAUUUUUAAUGGACCAAGUUUUGGGGAAAAUGUGUUUUUUGGAUUUAUUUCUUUCUUUCUUUUUUAAAGUUCUGUACACUGUGUUGAAUGUACUUUUUUUUUUUCCCUCAACUGUUUUGGUUGUCAGUUUAAGAAUUCAGGUACCGGAUUUUAUUGCUUGCUAACUGUGCCUUUCCUUUGCUGAAUUCAGAGACACCAUGUAUACUGUGAUGUAAAAGUAAGACUCUAAUUCUAUCUUAAGCUACAUAAUCAGGCAAAUAUUUUAAAAAUAUAUAUCAAACUAACACAUAGAAGUAAAUGACCCAUAACUCUUCAGUGUUUUUAAGAAGAAAUGUGGAAUAGCUAAAUUUUCUCACUAAUUUAUUGGAAAGUUAAAUGGAUACGUAUUUCCACUUUUGUAGGUAUUUUUCUGCGUGUUGCAAGUUAUAGGAACAAUAUAUAUCUUGAUUGUUUAUAAUACAGGUAAAUAUUUCCUGUGAGUGGAAAUGCAACUGAAAUUUAUAGAUGAGAAAAUGUACACCGUUUCUAUGUAAAGAAGCCAUUUUUUAAAUUAUUUGGCAAGGAUUGGGUUUCCCGCUGUUAAC